CUACCUCGUGCUCGCCCUCUCUUCGCACUUUAACUUUGAGUCUUGGCGCCUCCAAGCUAACAUGACAUGUAGACAGACACGACAAAUGAUAGCCCCCAAGGCCAUGGAACCCAAAUUCGUGUGGGCCGCGGAAGGCGGCGAUCUACGACUCAAUAUCGGCGAGCAAGAGAAGCCAUUCCUUGUAAAUGCGCGGGUCAUGGCCUCGAACUCGAAAUUCUUGAAGUACAAGAUUUUCAACCACUGGGCUAGAAACUGCAACAAGAAUGAAGAGGGGCUAUGGGAAGUGUCUCUGCCCGACGAUGUCCCUGCCGUCUGGGAGUUUCUCGCUCCGCUCAUGCAUGACGACAAGCUCACAAUGGCCAUCAACCACGAGUUCUCGGCCGGCACGCUCCUCCACCUUUGCUACGCUGUCAACCGCUACAAGCUCAAAGAAGUCGAGGCCGUGCGCACCUGGCUCGCCAUGCAGCCGAAGAAGAAGGCCUGCGGCAACUUCCCCCCCGCGGGCUGGGACGGCCUCGCCAUCGAGCAGCAGAUUCUCGCCGCCUGGGUCUUUGGCUGGGACAUAGUGCGCCACCAGGCCGAGUGGACCAUCGCCCACACGUGCACGAUCGACGAGCGCGGCGUCCCCAUCAGCCCGACUACGGGCAAGCCGCUGGACUCGGAGCACUUUUACCCGCGCUUCGAUACGCUCACUAGCACCGUCGCACGAAUCCAGUCCCUCCGCCAGCGCAUGUUCGCCGCGUACUACCGACAAGUGUUCGCCAAGAUGGAGGCGACGCACCAGCGGCCGCACGAGCUGGAGCCGGCGUGCUGGUACGGCAGCUACAUGCAGCCGACGCGGUGCUCGAAGCGGCUGGUGCGGUUCGUCAUGGGGCAGGCGCGCUCCCACGGCGUGUACCCGCGCGACGGCACCGCCCUCUCCCCGGCGGCACCGCCGCACCAGCGCCCCGCCCUGACCGUCGCCGCGUACGAGGCCGCCAUGAAUCGCUGGGUCGGCGCUCUGUGCGGCGGCCUGUACGUUGCGGAGAAUGACUACAACUACAACACCCUCUGCGACUGCACAUGGUCGUCCGAAGUCUACCCCAACGCCGUUGCCACGCGCGUCCGCAAUGUCGCCAAGCAGAUCCAGACGCUGAAGGAUCGUCCUCUUGCGCUUUGA